UUUCUCUUAUGUGCCGUUUGAACUCGUUCGCGGGAGUUGAUCAGGAAGUGACGCUGUAGUGUGGCGUGAGCGGCGGAGUCAAUGUUGUUUGGAUUUUAAAGUGUUUUUAAUCAUUUUUGGGGUGUUUAUGAUGGAUUCUGUGUCGGCUGUCGCAGAUAAGCCGGUGAUGCAGAUCUGCAGAGCCGAGUACCGAGCGAUUGGGAGAUUCGUGGAGCAGUUGCGACCCACAAGGCAGUGCAUGAAGACGCUGCAGACUCAGUUCCCACAUCUUCCUCCGUCCACUCUUCUGAGCAUCUUCUCCCAGGAGUACCAGAAGAGGAUGAAGCGCAGCAUGGGGAGGCAUCACGCUCCUGACGUGGUCAAAGCGUAUUACCAGAGGUACCGCAGCGAAGCCAAGACUCGUCCUACGGCCCCGCUUCUGCUGGAGCUCGCCAACCAGGUGGACCUGUCUCCGGCUCUCCUGGCCCGUCUGAUCGUGGAGUGUUUUCUGGAGGAGCGCGAGGCUUCAGUCCCAGCUUCCAGACACAUCCUCAACAACAUGCUGCGCGAGCCGUACUUCAUACCAGACCUGCUGUUAGCCAAGCACGUCGAGCAGUGCACAGUAAAUGACUGCUGUUAUGGACCGCUGGUCGACUGCAUCAAACAUGCCAUCGGUCUGGAGCAUGAGGACCUGCUGCGAGACAAGCUCAGAGAGAGGAGCCUGUCGUUCUUAGAUGAAAACCAGCUCCGUGCCAAAGGCUACGACAAAACCCCUGACAUCAUUCUGGAGGUGCCCAUCGCUGUUGAUGGUCAUAUAGUGCACUGGAUUGAGAGCAAAGCUUCAUUUGGAGACGACCACAGCCAUCGCACGUACCUUAACGAGCAGUUCUGGAGCUACUGCAACAGGUUUGGUCCCGGUCUGGUCAUCUACUGGUACGGGUUCGUAUCUGAGCUGGACUGCCAGCGGGACCGAGGGAUCCUGCUGAGGGACGGAUUCCCCUCGGACAUCGUAACCCUGUGUCAGGGGCCGGCACAGAGCCGAGUCUGACCCGUCACGGGGCCGUUUGUUGGUGUGGAUGUGAAUCCGGAAGCAAUUUAGCUUUCCUGCAGCGUGAGACUCCUGGCAAACAUCUGCGGUGAACUCCGACUGAACUCCAGCGGCUCGAGAGAGAAACCCCGGCCGGCGCCUCAGAUCCUGCUGAGACAGGUGACACACGUCACCCUCAUCUGCCCUCGGAGCGCCGCACGGGCCCGGUUCACGCAGAGACAGCGAUUGUUUGUGUUUGAUAAUAAAGUGUAAUAAAGUUGCGAGUUCUUCAUA